AUGCUAGCUAACCCUCCACCCCCCGGAAUCUACGUCCCCAUCCCAACCUUCUUCCUCUCCCGAUCAUCCCCCUCCUACUCCUCCCUCUCCACGCCCCUCGACCCCUCCACCCAAAGCAAGCACUCCCUACACCUUGCCCGCUCCGGCGUUACCGGUCUCGUGGUACUAGGAUCCACCGGCGAAGCAGUCCACCUCUCGACCUCCGAACGCAGCGAAGUCCUCAGCAACCUCCGCAAGACAUUCGACGAGAAUGGAUUCCCCAAUUACCCCCUAAUCGCGGGGACAGCGAGCCAGAAUAUAAAUGAAGUGCUGGAGCAGUUGCGAGAUGCGGAACGGGUGGGCGUGAGAUGGGGGUUGGUGCUUGUGCCGGGCUAUUUUGCGGGCGCGAGUACGCAGGAGGGGAUUAUUGCGUGGUUUCGCGGCGUGGCGGAUGCGAGUCCGAUUCCGGUUAUGAUAUAUCAUUACCCAGGUGUUUCGAAUAAUGUGAAAGUCACACCCCAAACCAUCGCAACCCUCUCCCAACACCCCAACAUCGUAGGCUGCAAACUAUCGCACGGCGACGUCUCAGUACACGCCCAAAUAGCCAGUUCCCCAUACAUAGACCACGAACACUUCCACACCUUCACCGGGCUCGGACAGCAACUCCUCCCUGUCCUCUCAGUCGGCUGCGCCGGCGCGAUUGACGGUGCAGCGGGCUUCUUCCCGAAGAGUGUGGUGCGCUUGUAUGAGCUGGGUAAGAAGGAUAGCGUGAGCGAAGAGGAGAAGAAAGAGAGGAGAUUACUGCAGUAUAAAGUGUCUUGUGUGGAGGAGAUUGUGGUUAAGUAUGGGACGGUGGGGAUUAAAGAGUGUGUUAGUAGGGUGCUAGGGAUGGGGGAUAGAGAUGGGACGAGGGUGCCGUUAAUGGGCGGGAUUCCGGGGGGUGAUAAGGAGUGGGAGAAUUGGAGGGGGAUGGUUGAGGAUUUGGAGGGUGUGGAAAAGGGGUUGUAG